ACGGUAACAGCGACAGUGAAACCAAGUGACAAAGUGUCCAAGUGUCAGUGACAGAGUGACAGAGAUAGCGAGAGACAAUUAACGUGCAACACCCCACACCCCCUCACCACUUGCCACUUACCGCACCGCUUACCAUUCAAGUGAAAAUCGCAGUGAAUUGGGAUAAAAUGUCGUUAAUACCCUUUAUACUUGAUCUGGCCGAGGAGUUGCAUGACUUCAACUUCAAUCGCAGCAGCAGCCUCGGUCUGGGUCUCGGUCUGGGCCUUGGCAUGGACGUCGAUGAUGUUGGCUUCGGUAUGUAUCCGUUGGAGCAGCUGGCCGCCGCCACGGCUGCCACACAGUCGCCACAGCACUCGGUAUCUCUAUCUCCAUCUCCAUCGCACCCGCAACUGUCGCCCUCGAACACGAACACGAACUCGACUCCUCGUCGCACCUCGUCGCGUCUUGGCCAUGGCCACGGCCACGGCCACGCCCACUCGCCCCCCGCCUCGGUGCUGUGGGUGCCCAUCAAGGGGGGACAGGGACUUAGGGAGGGACUGCAUCGGCAUCAUCCGUACAGCCGUGUGGCCGGUGCCAAGACCGUCUGCUGUAACAAGUCCCUGCUGGAGCUGGAGAAGGAGAUGGGCGACAAGGUCAACUCGUCAUCAUUAUCAACCACUUCGGCUGCUUCGGCUGCAGCCGCUUCGUCAGCUUUGUCGGGCAAAUCGGCCUAUUCGGUGGUCAAUCGUAACGGCUUCCAGGUGAGCAUGAAUGUCAAGCAAUUCGCUCCGGACGAGCUGACCGUGAAGACCAUCGACAACUGCAUCGUGGUCGAGGGACAGCACGACGAGAAGGAGGACGGUCAUGGGGUCAUCUCGCGUCACUUUAUACGCAAAUACAUGCUGCCCAAGGGCUUCGAUCCGGCCGACGUCCAUUCGACGCUCUCUUCGGACGGUAUACUUACCGUUAAGGCGCCUCCCCCGCCGCCGCCCGUCCUCAAAGCGGGAGAGGAGCGACCCGUUGAGCGCAUCGUCGACAUACAGCAGCAGUCGGUCCAGGUCCCGUUACCAGUGCAGUCGCAGUCGCAGUCGCCGUCGGUAAAAUCUGCAGCCAACGAAGUCGAGCAGCCAACCCCAAAAACAGCUGCAGUCGCUGCUAUCAGUGAGCAGAAGUGCGCCGAAGAGCGUAACGGCAACGGAGAGGCAGCAGCAGCGACAGAGGCAGCAGCAGCGGUAGACGUCAACGUCGACGUUGACGCCAACUCCAACGCAGCUGAAACUGCAGAGGAAACUGCAAAUGCAAAAACAAAAGAGAAAGAGACUGACACUGAGACUGAGCCCGUUGUGCAAACUUCCAGUUCCACUACGACUUCGACUUCCAAUGCCAAUGCCAGUUCCAAUAACAACACCAAUACUAAUACCAAUUCCAGUGCCAACAAUGGCGAACAGAAGAUGCCGAUUACGGAAUCGGAAACGGAACCGGAGUCAAAGUCAAUGGAUGUGAAUGUGGACACUGCUGAAGAUGUCAACGCCGCCGAAAAAGAAGACUUCACUGACGCCGCCGUUAGCAGCAGCAGCGGAACUGCAGCGGCCGAAGCUGAAGCAGCGAAACCCGAAGAUGCCAAUGCCAACGGUAAUUCUUCAAACUCCAACUCCAAUUCGAAUUCCAAUGCCGAAAAGAGCGUAGCCGAUGAGGACGAGAUGCCAGCGGCUAAAAAAGCCAAAACGGAAACUGAGGAACCGCCAGUGGAGAAGGAGAAAGUUGAGAAAACCACAAAGGGGGCGGAGGAAAUUGCUGCCGUAGAUGCAGCCAUUCUUCUGGCCAAGAAUCAGGCCACAGAGAAUGGUGGAUCCCAAGUGGCCAAGUCUGAGGAGCCGGCACUGGCAACGGCCAAGUGAAUCUAGAAUGUAGAAUGUAGAGACUGAGACACAACUUAAAAGAGAAGCAAAUUCAAUUCUAUAAAUGUUUUUUGUGUGUGUGUUUUCUUUCAUAAUUCACAAUUAAUACAUAAUAGGGCCUGCAAGAUGAGAAGAGAAUGAGAAUUGAGUAAUGAGAUGAAAAAACCUAUGAUAUGAAAUUAUGAUUUCCUAAACAAGUGUGAAACAAUUACGACUACAAGUAUUCAGUAAACAUUAAGCACAUUAUGUACUUAACAAUUAAAGUAAAUAAAGAAUUCAAAGAGUAAA